CACAUUUAUUUUUGGCUCAAACAAAAACCUGAAGGGACACACACAUACAGUACAGCAUGCCAAAGGGGAGCUAAUCAUAGUUUUGGAUUUCGCUCUUGCGCAACCUAUCUCAGCAAUAACUCUCACAAGGGCCUCGAGGAGCAAUAUGAACAUGGAAAUGGACAUGGCGCACAAAACGGGUUACUUCUCCGGUCACGCCGUGGCUGGCACUGGAUUCAUCACCUUUGGGGUGUUCUACCUCUUGCUCACGUUGCACCGAGCUCGCAAUCUUCCAAAUGGUGUUUCGUUUGCAGAUGCUCACAUCCCGGAGAAGAACCAUUCCUUCCUCAUGGGAGCUGGGCUGGUUCUUAUUCCAGUCACAAUGUUUGGAGUUUGCUUUGAGGCCCCGGGUUGGGACAACAUCAUUGCUCCCGCGACCCAUGUCACUCUCUAUCUCACUAUCAUGCUGGUUGGUGUGGCAGCUCUUCUGGAAGGGAUGAAGCGCCUACCGCAAGACAGCUCAAGGAGAUGCCUUGUGUUUGCCAUGAUAUGCCAGUAUAUUCUAUGGAACGAACACGCCAUGUUGAAACAAGUUCCAGCCGACUUUCGACUGCACGAACUCUUGGCACAGCUUUGUUUGGUGGGGGCGGCAGUCAUGGCGUAUUCAAUUAUGUUUCCGAAACAUGUUAUUGCUUUUGUGAUGCAACCGGGGAUUUGUGUCCUUAUGGGCACGUGGCUGUACACAGGAGGAUUUUAUGCUGCUUACAUUGACAUUCCAGUAGGUCUGGUUGGUAUUAUAUUGGUUCUUGAGGCACUCGUCAUUGCGACCAUCAUUUUGUUGAGUGCUGCAUUCCUUGUCCCCCAAAGUUACGGCCACAGACUCGAUUCUCAGCCUCUCUCUUACAGAUCGUUGCCAGGUCGGGAAAUCAUCGAUGACAAGGACACACUGACAUUUUUUGUAACGAACGAUGUCGAUUGCAAGCAAACAAAUGUUUAAGGAACUGAUACGGCCGUAGUGCGGUAUGACGAUGCUAUACUGAGUCAAAGGUUGUCUCGUCCUGUUCCGGAACUCUGUAAAGUAUUGGAAGCAACGAUGUUGGUGACGUUAUACAAUUAAUUGAGUAGUGGAAUACCGGCACGGUAGCCAUAGUGUACGACAGUAGUGGAAACGAAGAUAUCUUCGUUACUAUAUCAUGGUACAAAUCCACAUUCAUUCUAUUAUGAGUUUUGCUUUCGCACCUGGUUCAGCCGAGAUACCAUCCUGAAAAGUCACCUUGCAUUUCCCAGCCUUGCCAAAAGGCCCGGCGAUAGCCCCUGAUUCGUUUGUACUGGGGAUCACCACUUUCCAUCCAACCUUUUGUCGAAUGUCAACUUCUGGAGCAAAGAAUCCAGCAAUAAUCGCCAUGUUGUGUUUUCCGUCAGCCAGCACAUCGCCUUUGAUAGACGCUAUUUCGCCAUCCAAUUUCACACCCUUUGGGGGUGCCUUCUUCUUGCCCUUCUUCGGCGGCUCGAGUCUCGUCCCGGACCUGGCGACGGGUAACUCAACGUCUUGGUGCAUUGCUUUGGUGCUAUCGUGUACAAAGCGCUUGAAUCGAAGAAUCAAGGGAUCACCCUCUCGGGCUUCGA